UUGAGGGGAAGGAAAUUUGACGUUUUUUGGUUUCCGUUGUGUUUCUCCACCUGUGCCAAAAGCACGUGUUUACGAUUGUUGUCCUGUUUUGAGGAGACUAGCGCCUGGAUGGUGAUAAAAUUGCGAGAAAGAUAAUUUAAUCAAUCAAUUAAUUUCAAAAUCGACUCAAAUACGCGUACCCCGCCGUCAUGAACGUUUACAUGAGAAUGCAUCCUUCGGCUUCCCGCUCAUAACAUUUUCCAGUCCAUGCUUUUUUUACUGAAGGAUUUUUUUUAUUUUUACGGAUUAUGGAGUUGUUCGAAAUCAUUGUUGGCACUUACGAGCAGUUUUUGCUCGGAUACAAAGUGCAGAAAGUGGAAAAGAAGUGGAAAUUGGAGAGGAGUUUUGCCACACACAGCCACGUGGCUAGCAUUAGAACAGUCACAGCUAAGAAACAUUAUUUGGCAUCGGGGGGUGCUGAUGACUCGAUUUAUUUGUACGAUAUGAAACAGAGGACUGAGUCGGGGAAGCUCAUGCAUCACGAAGGUACAGUGAAUCAUCUGGCAUUCACCCCUGAUGCGACUCAUCUCCUCUCCUGUGGUGGUGAUGGCAGUAUCGGAAUUGUUCGCUGUGGAAAUUGGCAGCUGGAAAAACAUUGGAAAUCCCCCCACAAAGGUUCACCAGUGAACACAAUUUCAGUUCACCCAACAGGUAAACUUGCUCUCUCCAUAGGGGCCGAUGGGGUCCUCCGGACCUGGAAUUUGGUAAAAGGACGUCAAGCCUACGCCACAAAUUUGAUCUCACGUUUCAAAUACGACGCUAAAUACGUGGACAAUAUUCUCUGGAGUCCGGACGGCGCCAAAUAUCUAAUCGUUUGUAAUACAAGACUUGACGUUUACUCGGUAGAAACCGCAGGCAUCUCCACGGAGGAGAAUUUCCCCUCGAAAAUCAUAUCCAUUGAUUUUCUCAAUCAGGAGGAUAAUGAGCUCAUAGCUCUCGGCCACGAGGACGGUAAAUUGAGGAUUUAUAAUAUCGAGGACAAGUCCAUAGUCCUCGAAACAGAUGCUCACGAGGCCAGGAUCAAGUGUAUACAGUGCAGAGAUAAUUAUAUAGUUUCAGCGUCUAGUUCUGGAGAGAUUAAAUUGUGGAAAUUUGUUAAAGGGGUAUUGAAAAAAUUGGGGAGUGCUAACUGCGAUGCGAGGAUAACAUGUAUGACGAUAAUAUAAAUUAUAAUCGUGAAUAUUUCUGAAAAUCAAAA